UCAAAUUCAGAAUAAGCUCAAACCCUCGAUUUGUUCCCUCUUCGCGAAUUAGUUCUUCGAAAGCAAAUAAUCACUGGAGAAGCUGAAAUGGCGAAGAGGGAGAUUUCUAGCACACUCAAAAACCUUAAGUUUAUGCAAAGGGCGGCUUUGAAGGAGGAGAAAAAGAAGAUCGAAGAAGAGCCCGAUAGAAGUUUUCCGUCCCUCGGUACAAUUAAGAAGAAGUGUGUGGUCAUAAUGGAAGGGGAUCCUCAGCCAGGAGCUUUGGUUGGGCGCAUGUCAUUCCAGUCUUUCAAUCCUUCUAUCGAUAAAUUGAAUGAAGAAGCAUUAAAUGACCGAAAAACAGAUUCUACCGUCACAACUUCUGGCAGCAAUGGAGGAAGAAUGUCUUUUAGUCAGAACACAUCCUCUCUCAAUGAACCAGCGGGUUUGAAGGCUGAGCCGAGUCAGGAAGCCAAUGGUGAUUUGAAAAGAAAACAAUCCGAGACUGUGCCUGAACAGCAACACCCUAAGAAGUCCCCAAGAAAUCUUCAAAGUGGUCAAGAAUCAUCCCCUAGCAACAGAAGAAGCUCAGGUUUUAAGCGGCCGAAGGGGGGCAAGGUGGAUUGGAGUGUUUUGAAGCCACCGAAACCUCAAAACUGAAAGGGUUCAUAUUAGCUAGCCGCAAAACGUGUUCACAGUUAGCUCAUAUCGGUUCUUAUGUGCUUAUCGAUCUUUUGUUUUGGAUGUCUGUAUCAUCAUUUACGUGGUGUUCAAACCCAUCUUAUAAAAAUUGUAUCCAAAGUUUUGAAUUUUCACAAAGUUAAGCGGUUAAUUCUCGCUGCCGUAAGAGAUACUUACGUAACCUUUA